AUCAGGUUUCACUAAUUGCAUUAGGUAAUUAGGUAAAGUCCUUCAAGAUUCAAGUUUUCAAUCGGCAGAACUACCGCCGACAUUGCGUGGAAUCGAAGGGUGUGAAGCUGUAUGACUAAUCCAAGAACGACUGCUAUGCCCUCUAGGCAGUGAACUGGAAAGAGGACCUACAGGAGCCACCAAUAUCCCAGUAAAGACGAGCAAGAUCCGCUUUCUCCCUGAACUGGCCAGUCCUUUACACACUACUUCCUCCAGCGCGCCUAGUCGUUAUUAGUCCCGCCCUGUCCCCUUGGCUCCACCCAUUUGACUCGCCCACAUUACUAAACCCAGCUCCCCGGGUGUGCGACGCAUUCCUAAGCCCCGCCUCCGAGGCGAGGGCGCGCUCCCCCUCCCAGCUCGGCCUAAGCAGUUCCGUUAGCAGCGGGAGGAAAAACCGUCCUUCGGGUCCCCGCCUCUCCACUCCUAACGCUUUACUCCCUACUCCCUCUGCGACCACUACACAGCCGGCUACGGAGGCCCCUAAAGUACAAAUAUCACCCCCCAACCCCUUGCGUAUCCUGAUAAGUUUUGUCCUUUCUUACUUCGUGCCGUCUUAAGGCCAUGUGUUCUGUUUUUGUCAGGAACUCAAACUCGAGAGUUUCUUUGGGCGUAAAGAACUUCAGCGCUCUUCACGGAAGUAAAAGUGUUUUUUUUUGUUGUUGCCUCUGUGGCUGCCCGCAUUCCUUCCCUCCCACCUCGCGGAAUUGUGGCGGGAGGGGGAGGAGGAAGUCAGGGCGCCUGCGCGGAGAGGCCGCUUUCCAUCCGGGUCCCUGUCCGUGCGGUGCAGCAGGUCGGUAGGCGGGAAAUGGCGACUGGCUGAAGGAGCUGGUUGUGUUGCUCUUGCGGGCUAAGCGGGAAAGACACCACACAUUGCGCAGUCUGGACCAUCGCCGGAGCCUGAGGACACUUCUCUGUCGUCACAGUUAGUUUUACAUGUGGCACCCAUAAAACAUGAGGCUGAGAACACGGAAAGCUUCUCAGCAAUCAAAUCAAAUCCAAACACAACGCACUGCCAGAGCAAAGAGGAAAUAUUCAGAGGUUGAUGAUAACCUCCCUUCAGGAGGAGAAAAACCACCGAAGAAUGAAACUGGCUUGUUGUCUUCGAUUAAAAAAUUCAUUAAAGGAAGCACACCCAAGGAAGAGAGAGAAAAUCCUUCAAAACGGAGUAGAAUUGAACGUGAUAUAGAUAAUAAUUUGAUCACAUCAACACCAAGAGCAGGAGAAAAGCCUAACAAACAGAUAUCUCGAGUAAGACGGAAAAGUCAAGUAAAUGGAGAAGCUGGUAGUUAUGAAAUGACAAAUCAACAUGUAAAACAAAAUGGAAAAUUAGAAGAUAAUCCUUCCACUGGCAGUCCACCAAGAACUACAUUGUUGGGAACUAUAUUUUCACCUGUCUUCAACUUUUUUUCACCAGCAAAUAAAAAUGGAACAUCAGGAUCAGAUUCUCCAGGGCAGGCUGUGGAAGCUGAAGAAAUAGUAAAACAACUUGAUAUGGAACAGGUGGAUGAGAUCACUACCAGUACUACCACAUCAACUAAUGGAGCAGCUUACUCAAAUCAAGCAGUUCAAGUGAGGCCAUCAAUAAAUAAUGGUUUAGAAGAAGCAGAAGAAACAGUUAAUCGUGAUAUCCCACCCCUUACAGCACCAGUAACUCCAGAUAGUGGUUAUUCAUCAGCCCACGCCGAGGCCACCUAUGAAGAAGACUGGGAAGUAUUUGACCCCUAUUAUUUCAUCAAACAUGUUCCACCGCUAACAGAAGAACAAUUAAAUAGGAAACCUGCUCUUCCAUUGAAAACAAGAAGCACACCAGAAUUUUCCCUAGUUUUAGACCUGGAUGAAACACUAGUGCACUGUAGUCUAAAUGAGCUAGAAGAUGCAGCACUUACUUUUCCAGUCCUUUUCCAAGAUGUCAUUUAUCAGGUAUAUGUGAGAUUAAGACCAUUCUUCAGGGAAUUCCUGGAACGAAUGUCUCAGAUGUAUGAGAUCAUUCUUUUUACUGCUUCUAAGAAGGUGUAUGCAGACAAGUUACUGAACAUACUAGACCCUAAAAAGCAACUGGUCAGGCACCGGCUUUUCCGUGAACAUUGUGUGUGUGUACAAGGAAACUAUAUAAAAGACUUAAAUAUCCUUGGAAGAGAUCUUUCAAAAACUAUAAUAAUUGACAACUCACCACAAGCCUUUGCAUAUCAGCUUUCUAAUGGAAUCCCUAUAGAAAGCUGGUUUAUGGAUAAAAAUGACAAUGAACUCCUAAAAUUGAUUCCAUUUCUGGAGAAGCUUGUAGAACUGAAUGAAGAUGUUCGACCUCACAUCAGAGACAGAUUUCGUUUGCAUGAUUUGCUGCCCCCAGAUUAAGUACAAGGACUUGUCAAAUCACUGAAGGGGGACAGAAUGCAGGACCCUUUUGGACUAAGACAAAAACAUUGCCAUUACUGUUGAAAUUUUGCAUUUUUGUACCCCGUCUUGCUUUUCUUAUCUUUGGUGCCCAAUAAUAAUCAAGGGUUACAGAAAGAGACUUUAUCUAUCUCAGAUUGAAUACAUACAGUAGGUAGGCUAAAACAGAAGAGUCUUUAGAACUAGUGCAACUCCAGUGAAAUUUUUUUAUGUACAGAACAUCUGCAGUUUAUAAAGAAUUCUGUUUCUGCCACCAGCAGUUUGACCUGUAGUCACACAGGAUUUUAUGAUAACAACAGAGAUGAAAAUGGACUUUUAUUUUCUCUCUGUUUGGUGCUCUAAGUGGGUUUGUAGCCACUUUUCUGUUACUUUACAAUUCUCAUUUCAACAGGAAUGGCCAGUAAAAGUUGUUUUAUUUUUCCUGUUAAGGUUUAUAACCUUUUUACAUUUUUGACCUAUAUUAGAUUAGAAUUUCAUUAUGCAUUCCUUUUAGUUGAGGCGCUUUGUAGUUUUCUGGAAAUAGUCGAUUUUUAGUUUUUUAUUAUACAUUUGAAUGGCCGUUUUCCUGCUUUGUCUGCCUGCAUAUUGUAUAUUUGUUUAAAAAUACUCUAUUUUAGUCCAUGUAAGUUUCAUUUAGAAGACAUGCAUUUAUAUUUUGUUUCUGUAAUAUUCUACUGUAGGCGAAAUCUUUUCAAAAAUCAAGAGACUGGGUAGAUAAGAAUAUAUGAAUGACUAAUAUUCAAAAGAUUUAAACCAUUGUGAUGGCGUGUAUUCCCAGAUGGUAAUAUCUUGCAAUGGCACACAGAUUUAAUGGAUAAAGGUAUACCUCAGACUUCACUGUGCUCACCAAUCUUUGAGGAGAAUGAGUUUGGUCACCUCUUGGGCUCGAUUUAGUUACUGCUGCCUUUGGUUUUCUCCAGGAAUGAAGUAUUCAGCACAGUGACUCAGUAUUUUUAUUUUGCAUGGGCUGGUAGUACCUCUGUUAUGCUCUUGGUUACAAUCAAUUCAAAACUCUGUGUAACAGUCUUGGUACCUAACAGUAGCUAUGCAUAAUCCUGUGGCACAGUACACUCCCAAGCCACCAAUGCAGUUAAUAUGCUCUCAUAGUGGUUUUUCUAUGCUAUAUGAAAAUAGUCUUCAAGCCUUGGUUCUCUAAUGCAGCUACCACAAGAGGUUGAUAUUUUUAUAGUGGCGUGUAAUCUCCUUUUCAGGGGGCUUUUUAUGGAAGGUAGAAUUUGUAAAAGUUAGUAUGCUUUGCCUCUUAACUGCAUUAACAUGCCACAGGCUCAGACUGUUUUUAUGUAAAGGAUGUCAAAGAACAGCACUUUUUCUAAAGAGAAGUUUGAUAUUUUGUAUGCUUGUUAAGAAAGUACAGUAUUGGAAAUUAAAGGUGGACAACUGAUAAUUGAGGAGUAUGUCAAUUAAUUUUUUAUGUAUAUUACCUGUUUACUUGUACAACUUACUGUACAAAUUACAUGCAGCUUCAUUUUCAAAUGAAUCCUUAAAAUAAGGAAAUCUUUUUAGGAAAACAUUUAAUUUUUGUAUUUUUGAUUUUAAAGGCAUGAGUUAUGUCAAUUUUCAGUGUAUUAAUGAAGAUUUUAACUUUUCAUCAGGUUGUGUGUUUUCUUACUAUAUUAUCUGUUGUGUAUGUAGUUAGCAUAUUGUGUCACUGAAAUGUUUAAAAAUCUAGCAUGUAGAGCAAGCCUGUUUUGUGGAAAAUCCUUAUUCAUUAAAAAAAUAAUCAUGGCAGAUUUUCUGCAAAAAAAAAAAAAAAGCAAAAGCAUUUGCAAUUCGGAAUACUGAUUUUUUUUUUUUAAUUUAAAGAAAGGUAUUUUGCUUGCAGGAAAAAAUACUACAGAUUCAUUUUAAUGAGAAUCUUUGAAAAUGUAUUUAUCUUUAGGGCAUAUGGGCAUCUUUAUGCUGUUUGUCUUCUGUCUUUCUUGAAAUAAAAUGUACAUACGUUACCUUUACAUACGCUCUUGCUCAAAAUUGUGAACCUAGUUACAUUUCUCCUGCUCCCCUCCUUUUUAUGUUCAAACAGCAAAACCCAAAACCUAUACAAGAUCUGAACUUUCAGCAUACAUUAUAAUUGCUGAAAGUUUUCCUUAUUAAGUAAAUACAGUCUCAAAGGGCUCUCCCAAAAUUUAAAGGGAAACUAAGCACCUAUACCGUUGUGCCUGUGGGCACUUGAUUAAUAAACAUAAUUUUUAUUUAUUUUAUUAUUAUUAUUAUUUUUUUUUUUUGCAGUUCCUGGCUGGGGCUGGGUUUGAACCCAUCACCUCCGGCAUAUGGGGCCAAUGCCCUACUCCUUUGAGCCACAGGCGCCACCCAAACAUCAUUUUUAAAAUUAAUCAUCUUUUAUUGAUGGUAGAGAGUUGUUUCUGGUCCCUCACUAGGAGAGAGUUCCUUUUAAGUCAGCUAUAUAUUUUUCUUCAUUAUUUUAUUUGGGUUAUUUUAAAUUUGUUAAUAAAGAAUUUAAACAGUUUAUAAAGAGACAAUUUAGUCAGCUUCUUUCAUACUUAAUAUAAUACAAUGUUUUAUCUUCCCAUUAUCCUUUUUGUCUUUAUCUGUUGGUAGACGUUAAACACUUCCAUUUGAUUAAUCGGAAGUGUAUGUUUUUUGAAUUGAGAUGUGCCCAGCCCCUUCAGUUCACACAGGAAAUAUAAACUCUUAAAAAACUGAUCUGUAGUAAAUGCAGGAGAGACUGAUACCUGAUGAGACACAGCAAAAGUGAUACACAUUACAAUUCUGAAGUACAUAUUAAAAUUGUGCUAUUUCCAGUGGUAAAUGUAUGCCUUUUAAGUUCUUUUAAAUAUUUGUAUCGUCGUUGGGAUGUUUUAAUCAGUUGUGUUUUUUAAUUCCAUGUAAUAUAUGUAGCCCUAAUCAGAUUUAUAUCACCAUAUUUCUCCUUGGGUCCUAAAAGAGAAUUGAUGACAGUUCGUAACCAUAAGUUGUUUUAUAUUAGCUAGUAUGUAUAUUUAUUUACUUGAUGGCUUUAUCUGUUUCCCCAAAAUUGUUGGGGAUUUGUGGAAAGCAUUAUGUAAUGUCUAUAAAUGGCUAUUUUCUUGUAACUGUCAGUGAAAUGGAUAUGUACCUUUUUUUAUAUAUAUAUAAAUAUUUUUCUUUUUUCUUUUUUUUUAAGUAUUAACAACAGAAUGUUUUUUUUUUUAAAAGGGUAUCUUUGGCCAAUUACUUUUUCAGGUAGUUACUACUUUCAUUCAGUCUUCUAAAGAAGUUUAUUUCUCAUUGUUCUAUUCAGUCAACUUGCCUCAAAAACAGAGAGACUUCAUCUCAUCAAUGAGGAAAACAUUUCAUUGUACCUACAAAUCUUUCCAGCGAGCACAGAAUUCUUCAUAAGGACCAGAUCUCUUCCACGUCUGUAUCAAUCAUAUAAAGCUGAAAUGUAAAGGACACUGAAGCCUUCAUAUAAUUGUACUAAUAAGAUGGUGUUAAUACUACAUUAUUAGCUAGUUAAGGUUUUCUGACCUGGCUUCUCUUUGUCUUCAUAGAUAUUUAUUUGUUACCUCUCUUAAAUCUUGUGUAUCUAAAUUAACUUAGUUAAUAGUUACCCACUGAAUAACUAUGCCAAGCAACUAGGAAAGAAUGUUUAUUUUAUUUCCCCUUAUAGGGGAAGAGUGGACUGGGAACAAAAAUGUAUGGGCCAAAAGGCCUUUGGUUGUCAUUCAUUCACUUUUUUAUUCCUCUCAUGAGCUAUAUUUGAGUAUAGUAUUUUUUUUAGUGAUGUGUAUGUCAUUACUUUUCAUGUCUUCCCCUGAAUUGAAAGUCUACAAAGGAACCAAUAUAACAUAUAAAAUUUUCAGAAUAAGAACCUCAAAACUCAGUAUCUUACAUUUAAAUGCUACUUAAAUUAUUAUUGGAAUCCAAGUCUCACUAACUAGGAUACAUUUUUAUAAAAUGUUUCUCUGUAUCUUGAAUUAAAAUUACUUGCUCAGAGGCAAGAGUUCUGGGGAUAUUACACAUUUUGAGACCUUUUUAAAAAGGAGGGUAGAAAAACAAAUUUAUACUAGUUAGUUUAUGGUUUUGACAGUAGUAUUGUAAAAUAAAUCAGUGGUUCCCAAACUCGACUGUCCUUUAGAAUUAUACCAAAGAGCUUUUAAAACACAGAUUUCUGGGGCCUGCCUCUGGAAAAUUGUCUUACUGGGUUGAUAGUUGAUGCUGAAAUUUUUGUAUAUCUUUUUAAAGCUCUCUCAGUGAUUCUAAAUAGUUGAGUUUGGGAAAUCACCAUUUUAAGUAAUGUGAUGGUGUUUUGAGAGUAGGCAACAAAAUAAAAGUUUACCAGACAUCUCUUUUUAGUAGGGUUUUCUUUUUUAAAAGUGGGACCAGAUUUCACAGAACUUACUCAAGAUACAUAGAGGAAUAAUAAAGAAGAUUGAGGCUACUGCUCAUUUUCAUUUUUGUCUUUCAUACUUUUUUAAGAAUUUGCAUUUCUAGGACUUGGAAUAGUUGAUCAUAUAUACAGCUGAAGGACAUGUCCCUGACUGAGACCAUUAUAUAUAGUAACUGUAAAAUAUUUCACUAUUUUUUUAUUUUAUAAAUCUUUUUAGAAAUAAGCAAUGAAAUACUACUUUCAUCUUUUGAAAUGGGAUUUUUCAAGGCAAUGUCCUUUGGCAUUAAGGUAGGGGGGAGUUACUAUUCUCUCUACCCUGUUUCCAUGUGAAUCAAUAUAAAGUCAUGGACAUUUAAAAAUCUCAAUUUAAUUUCUACUUAUUUACUAUGCAGUAUAGCCGUGAACAAGUAAUGUAGAUUUAGUUUUCUCAUUUUCAAAUGCCCUAUCACCCUACCUCACAGGGUUGUUGUGGGGAUAAAUAAAACUUUUAUGGAAGCA